UACACAUCUAAUAAUAACUCAUUAGAUAACAACAAGGGUGCAUGGCCGCCAUGUUGGAUUUGUCUGAAUGAGGAAGUUAAUACCCCGAACAGCUGUUAGUGUUACAUGCCAGGUGAAAUAUCAUCGGAAGUAUAGACCACAGAAAGCAUUUGUUUUGCCAGUUUGUGACCCGUUCAGUUACUAGUGAGACUAGAGAAUGAUCCGACUUCAGCAACUGGCGCUGGUUGCCGUAGCAACCACGUGUCUGGCGUGUAUGGCUGGUGCCAGGCCGUCCCUGGCUCCCUUCUACCGGGCCGAGGACAGACUGUUGGAUGACUACAUCAUCGUGUUGAACGACGAUGUAGAUGUGUCGGCUGUUUCCAGCCAGAUGACGUCACAGGCCCAGACGGAGAAUGUCUCCUUCCGGGUCAACCGUCUGUUUUCCACCGUGCUGAAGGGCCUUCAUGUCUUCAUGUCUAGCCGAGCCCUUAGCUUUGUGCGAGCUCACUCUGCUGUCAAAUACGUGGAAGAAAACGGAAUGGUGUAUACCACAGAGACAUGGGGGCUAGACCGCAUCGACCAGCGGUCGCUACCUCUAGACGACAAAUUCAGUCCAUAUCAAGGUGACGGGAAAGGCGUCAGCAUCUACGUCAUCGACACGGGUAUCAGGACCACCCACGAAGAAUUCGAGGACAGGGCCACGUUUGCGUACGACGCCGUUGAGGGCGCUGUGGGCAACGGAACGGACUGCCGGGGCCAUGGGACACACUGCGCCGGUACCGCGGCGGGACUGAGGUACGGUGUGGCUAAAAAAGCCAUGGUGUACGGCGUGCGUGUGCUGGGCUGUCAGGGAUCUGGCACGUGGUCGUCAGUCAUCAAAGGGAUGGAUUGGGUGGCUCAGCAUGGAAUACGUCCAGCCGUAGCCUCCAUGUCGCUGGGAGGCGGUGGAUCCCGCUCGGUGGACGAGAGCGUUGCCAGUCUGUACGCCCAGGGCGUGACGGUGGUGGUUGCGGCUGGAAACAACGGCUACGAGGCCUGCCGGAGGUCACCAGCCAGAGCACCAGAGGCCAUCACUGUCGGCGCAACCGAAGACGACGACUCCAGGGCUUACUUCUCGAACUACGGUGGAUGUGUGGACAUAUUUGCACCUGGUCGCUACAUCACAGCGGCCUAUAACGAGGGGGAUGACGACUACAAUACCAUUAGCGGGACAUCAAUGGCAACACCACACGUAGCUGGUGCUGCUGCGCUUCUUCUGAGUGUUGACCCAAUGCUGACCCCGGCUGACAUCACCAACAGACUGUUGAACAGCGCCACCCGCGACAAGAUCUCCGACGCGCGAGACUCGCCAAACCUUCUGCUUUUCACACCCUAAGCACUUCCCGAGUAGUUUCAACACGCCAAUGCUCAUCCCAUGAAUAAAAUACACAUCAAUUUUUAAAUGAUUGUUUGAAAAACCAAAUUUGGAGUUAAUUUUAAAGUUCCACACAUGUGAUGCUGGAUAGAUUUGCCUCAUUCUAAUGAAGUAUUGGUCACAUGAUCUUAAAACAAAGUCAAAAAUCUAGCUUACUCGAUAGUUAUUUUUUAAAAGGACAGUGGAUGACAACUUUACUCAAACCCAGCAUAAUAUCACCCAAUAAUUUACUGCCAAGCUGCAAUGCAAUCGCUUCAAAUGUUACAACAGUGCUGGACUGUUGCCAAUCAGUAAAAAAUAUCAAAAUAAUCGGUUCUUAACAGUUGCUGCCUUGUAAACAGCCUUUGCUACAUAAGUGCUUUAUUCGGUCCCUUCUCUUAACGCAUCCUUAGCUUAAAAUGUCAACUUGGGUCGUUAAUUGAUGGUAAUGAGACGGUACUGGUGAUGAAUCAUUGUAAUUGCAAACAUUGUAAUACUUAAUUUUAGUAACAAACAAAGGAAAACAUAUUAAAUCAUCGCCCUAUUGAUUAACCUAAA